UAAACCUCGUCCCUUGACGUAAAACCCUUCAAAGGUUUCCACUUUUUUGUUUCAUCUCUUACUUCUUCGUCUUUACCUUAUUAUCCAUUAAUCUGCUCUAUUCUGUAAUUUGUUUUAGUGGUGUUUUGAUUUUCAAGUUAGCUAAUGGGUUUCAUGAAAGAUGAUAGCUUUGUUCAUGUCUUCAGUAAAGUUUUAAUCUUUCUUCUUCUUCUUCUUGGUGUCUUUGUUUGAUGGUUUAGUUUGUUGAGAUUUUACUUGAUUGUGGACUAAUCUGCUCUGUUUCAUUGCAUUUAGGCUCAUUUUUCUCUUGUGGUUUUGGUUUUCAAGCUCGCUAAUGGGCUCCAGAGGAAACACCCAAUUCUGAGCGGUAUGAGUUACUGGAGCCAAUUACCAAAGAAACGUUUCAGAUGAAGAUAAGCAGCUUGAAGUGAAGAAGGAAGUAGUAGUUGAUGUGAAGCAAUAUUCAGGUGUUGAGCUAAUUAUCAAGUCUGGUUUUGGUUCUACUCUGCCUUCAAAAGAUGAUUUGAUUAGAACAUAUGAAAAAUUUGGAGCUUUGGACAAAGAGAGAAGCUGUACGUUCGAGAAUGACUCCUGUGCUCGCGUUAGCUUCUUGAAUGUAUCUGAAGGAGAAGAAGCCUUUUACGAGUCACUAGAGAAAUGCCCGUUUGCUACUACUUCCACCGUUACAUUCAGCUCAAGUAUCCUUCUUCUGAGAACAGAAAGGGGGUGAUGGAAAUGGAGUGGUUGAAAAAGAAGCUUGAAGAGAGCUUUGCUUGAUGAAUCAGAGGGAGGAGAGGUUACGGAAAAGUUGAAGAUGAGACUUGAGGAAGAAUCAAGAAACUUGCUAGACAAGCAUAGCCAUCCGGAGUUAAAAGAAUAUGGAUACUUCUCUUGAGCUUUUGUUGGUGCUAACUGCAAUUUUGGCCAUCAUUCAUAUUGUUCAAGCUCAAGACCAAAAAGGGUUCAUCAGUUUGGAUUGUGGGCUACCCUCGAAUGAAUCUCCUUAUAAAGAGAGUUCUAGUGGACUGUGGUUUUCUUCUGAUGAAAAUUUCACACAGGGCGGAAAAACUGGUCGAGUCAGAGAAACUCCUGAGAGAUUUGCGGAGCAACUCAACACGUUGAGAUAUUUUCCAGAGGGUAAACGGAACUGUUACAAUUUGAACGUGGAGAAGGGACGCAGAUAUUUGGUCAGAGCUACCUUUGUGUAUGGAAAUUAUGAUGGUCUUGGCAUGAAACCGGUGUUUGAUAUUCAUCUUGGACCUAAUCUAUGGGCCACCAUAGACUUGCAAAAAGUGAAUGGUACAGUGAAAGAUAUGUUACACAUUGCAGCAUCAAGCUCGAUGCAAAUAUGUCUUGUCAAGACUGGGGUAACUGAACCUCUAAUUUCCUCUUUGGAAUUACGGCCAAUGAGAAAUGAGUCUUACAUCACUGAAUCUGGCUCCCUGGAUCGUUACUUUCGGUAUUAUCUUAGCGAGUCAAGCUCUCAGAUCCGGUACUCCAGCGAUAUCUACGAUCGCUUAUGGGAUCCAUUAUUCUUGAAGGAAUGGACACAGCUUUCAACUGCGAAUAAUGUGGGAAAUAACAACAGCUACCGUCCACCUGAAAUGGCACUUAAAACUGCAGCCACACCUACUAAUUCCAGUGCGCCGCUGACAAUUCGAUGGACUUCAGAAAAUCCUGAUGAAAGAUAUUACUGUUACGCACACUUUUCUGAAACCGAAGACUUGCAGGCAAAUGAAACCAGGGAAUUCAACGUGACAUGGAAUGGAAUACGAUUCUUUGGCCCAUUUGUCCCAAGAAGGGGAAUCAUAAAUACUAUCUUCCGCACGUCACCGGCAACUUGCAUUGAAGGGAUAUGUAGGUUCGAGCUGAUAAGAACCGACAGAUCAACUCGUCCACCUCUACUUAAUGCUUUCGAAGUCUACACUGUUAUUCAGUUCCCACAGUCUGAAACAGAUGAAAGCGAUGUGGGUGCGAUGAAAAGCAUCGCAGCCACCUAUGCAUUGAGUAGAAUCAACUGGAAAGGUGAUCCAUGUGUCCCUCGACAGUUUGGGUGGGAUGGUUUAAACUGCAGCAACACAGAUAUGUCCAUGCCACCAAGAAUCACUACUUUAAACUUGUCUUCAAGUGGUUUAGCUGGAACCAUAGCCGAUGCUGUUCAAAACCUUACGCAACUAGAAACACUGGACUUGUCGAAUAAUAGCUUGACUGGAGGGGUGCCAGACUUUCUAGGCAACAUGAAAUCGUUGUUGGUCAUAAAUUUAAGCAGGAACAAUCUCAAUGGUUCAAUUCCUCAAGCUCUUCAACGGGAAGGACUACAACUAUUCGUUGAAGGAAAUCCAAGGCUUUGUUUUUCUGAUUCGUGUAAAAAACCACAUAAGAAAAAAAUAAUUGUGCCAAUUGUUGCAUCAGUAGCUUCUGCAGCCAUUGUCAUUGCUGUAUUGGUUCUUUUAUUGGUACUCAAGAAGGGAAAGCCAGCGAUUCUGCAAGGUCUACACCUUCUACCCAGGACGUCAAGUAUGAAUGCUACAUUUGCUGAAAAGAACAGCAGAAGGUUCACAUAUUCAGAGGUCAUCAAAAUGACAAAUAACUUCCAACGAGUUUUAGGUGAAGGAGGGUUCGGCAUGGUGUAUCACGGUUCUGUAAAGGGUUCUAAACAAGUGGCCGUUAAAGUACUCUCUCAAUCUUCAACUCAAGGAUAUAAAGAAUUCAAAGCAGAGGUCGAUCUUCUUCUUAGAGUUCACCAUACAAAUUUGGUAAGUCUUGUCGGGUAUUGCUACGAAGGAGAUCAAUUGGCCCUUGUUUAUGAGUUUCUGCCUAAUGGAGACUUAAAACAACAUUUGUCAGGAAAAGGAGGUACAUCCGUCAUCAAUUGGAGUACUCGACUACAAAUAGCAUUGGAGGCAGCAUCAGGACUGGAGUACUUACAUAUUGGAUGCACACCGCCGAUGGUUCAUAGAGAUGUUAAAACUGCCAAUAUAUUGUUGGAUGCAGAUUUGAAGGCUAAACUUGCUGAUUUUGGACUCUCUAGAUCUUUCCAAGGUGGAGUCGAGUCUCAUGACACAGCCGUUGCUGGUACUCUAGGAUACCUUGAUCCCGAAUAUCACAGUUCAGGUCGACUGGGCGAGAAGAGUGAUGUCUAUAGUUUCGGGAUAGUAUUGUUGGAGAUGAUCACAAACCAACCUGUGAUUAAUCAAACCUCUGAAAGUUCUCACAUAACACAGUGGGUUGGGUUUAAGCUUAACAGAGGUGAUAUUGUAGAGAUUAUGGAUCCAAACCUUCACAAGGAUUACGACUUUAAUUCUGCGUGGAGAGCUCUUGAGCUGGCAAUGUUAUGUGCGAAUCCUUCUUCUUCAAAGAGACCAUCCAUGUCUCAGGUUAUUCACGAGAUAAAAGAGUGUCUUGCGUGUGCAAAGUCGGUGAUAGGUAAGAAUCUAGAAUUGGAACCCCAAGAGAUAAUGAGCUCAGACACUUCCAUGGUACCCAUGGCAAGAUAGUUUUGAGUAGGGUUGGGCACCACUGCUUGAUACUAAGUGUUUACUUGUUACUCGCUUCAUAUUUGGUAUCGUCUGUUUUUUUUUUGUUUUUUUUUUUGAUCAACCGUAUUUGGUAUCGUCAAAUCAAGUAACAAGUCCAUAAAUCUUAUUACUUGCAAGUACAUAUCAAAUAUUAUUAUUCUUUUCUAUUACUUGGUUCGUUACUUAUUUUACUACUUGUUACGUGGUUUCUUUCUAUGUGUUUACUCUCUAGUGUGACGCCUUGAAAUU